CGAUCUGAUAACGUUGGAUUAAAACAUAAGCGAAAUCGAAAUGAACUCAAGAGCUGAAUUAUUACACCUAUCCAAUGCAGUGAAAGAAAAAACAGAAAACAGAAAAAACAGAAAAAACAAAUCUUAAAAUAAAACUUCACCUUCUGAUUCCUGUUUAAAAAGAAAAAAAUUAUUUUUGGGUUUAGAUUUAUUUAUUCUUUUUUCUUUAAUCUUCUCAUGGGUUCCAUUUACGGACUGUGAAGAGUGUUAAAGGUGUCUGCUUUAGCCACUUAUGCUCUCUUUCUCUCUCUCUCUCUCUCUCUCUCUGGUCCAAAGUGAUCCAUAGAAAGAACAGAAAAGGAAAGUGAAUUAAACAAAAAUGAAAAAGAAAAAUUGAGUCUUUCUUGCGCUGCUUGUCUUUCAAGUCUCCUAUAUCCUAUCCCUGUCUGAUUCAGCUGUGUAUAGCUUCUAUUUUUGGUGUGCAGUACAAAGAAAGAACCCUUUCUGCCUUUUUUGAUUUAGUAGGGAAGUUACUAUUACUGUUUCAGUUUUUGCAUCUGGGUUCUUCAGUUUAAAGUCAAAGGGUCUUGGAUUUUGUUGAAAUGAAAGAACUUCUCCAGAUGAUGAUAUGUUGGAACCAGAAGUGCUUUGAUGCUUCCAUUGAUGUUUCUGGGUUUUCUUAAUUUUUGUUAGGAAGUGGAUUUCCGUUGAUGGUAUUGGGUUUGUAUUUUCUGCAGUUUGAUAUGGACCUUUUACAUCUGUAUCCAGUUCUGUGAUUGUGAAGUCAGUAGCUGUCCUUUUCAUGGACUAAAAAAUCUGCUUUAAAGGAGCCUUUGAGCAUAGCUGGGUUUUGUGGGAAGUUCAAUCCUUAGCUAUAGUUCUUGAGUUAUGAUCAAACAAAUACUUGGUAGGCUUCCGCGGAAGCCAUCUAAAUCAUCUGAGAAUCGUGAACUUGGCAGUUCUUCUGCUCCUUCAAGUACUUCCACUAGUUCUAGAAACAGUGAUAUUGUGAGUAAUAGGCCUGUAAGUUUAAACGAUACAUCUCCUCCGGGCUCUGAUUCUACUCCACAUUUAGGUUAUGCUCAUGGAAGUAAGCCUAUCCAGGCAGUCAAUUCCAAAUUGAAUGGCAAUUCAGUAAUUGCUUCUUACGAGGCAUUGCCAGGAUUUAGGGAUGUCCCCAGCUCUGAGAAGCAGAAUUUGUUUAUUAGAAAGCUGAGCUUGUGCUGUGUGCUGUUUGACUUCACUGAUCCAACUAAGAAUUUGAAAGAAAAGGACAUCAAGCGGCAAACAUUGGUUGAGCUUGUAGAUUAUGUUACCUCUGCAAAUGGGAAAAUAACAGAAACUGUCAUGCAAGAAGCUAUAAAGAUGGUAUCUUCGAAUUUGUUUAGGCCACUUACUGCACAACCCCGUGAGAAUAAAGUUUUAGAAGCCUUUGAUUUGGAAGAGGAGGAACCCUUAAUGGACCCUGCAUGGCCUCACUUGCAAAUUGUGUAUGAAUUCUUUCUGAGAUUUGUUGCAUCUCCCGAGACAGAUGCGAAGUUGGCCAAGAGGUACAUUGAUCACUCUUUUGUUCUCAAGUUGUUAGAUCUCUUUGACUCUGAAGAUCCAAGGGAAAGGGAGUAUCUAAAGACAAUUCUACAUCGUAUCUAUGGAAAAUUUAUGGUGCAUCGCCCAUUUAUUAGGAAGGCUAUCAACAACAUCUUCUUGCGGUUUAUUUUCGAAACAGAGAAACACAAUGGGAUUGCAGAGCUUUUAGAAGUUUUAGGGAGUAUUAUCAAUGGGUUUGCUUUGCCGCUGAAAGAAGAACAUAAAUUGUUCCUCAUUCGGGCACUAAUCCCCCUUCACAAACCAAAGUGCUUAGCUAUGUACCAUCAGCAAUUAUUGUACUGCAUUACACAGUUUGUGGAGAAGGACUGCAAGCUUGCAGAUACUGUUAUAAGGGGUUUAUUAAAGUACUGGCCAAUUACUAAUAGUUCUAAGGAGGUGAUGUUCCUGGGUGAGCUCGAAGAAAUCUUAGAAGCAACCCAGCCAGCAGAAUUUCAAAGAUGUAUGGUACCCCUGUUUCAUCAAAUAGCUCGUUGCUUGAGCAGUUCACACUUCCAGGUGGCAGAAAGGGCUUUGUACAUGUGGAACAAUGAUCAUAUUGAGAACUUAAUCAGACACAACCGGAAAGUUAUACUGCCUAUUAUUUUUCCUGCCUUGGAGAAGAAUGGACGUAAUCACUGGAAUCAGGUUGUCCAGAGCUUAACUCUUAAUGUCCGCAAAAUCUUUGCUGAUAUUGAUCCUGAGCUGUUUGAAGAGUGCUUAAGGAAGUUUCAAGAAGAUGAAGCAAAGGCCGAGGAUAUAAAGUUGAAACACGAAGCCACAUGGAAGCGCUUAGAAGAGAUUGCAGCAACAAAAGUUGCAAGUAGCGAAGCAGUGCUUGUUCCUCGCACUAUACCUACCUUAACAUCUUCAGGAUAGGGAUAAAGAGGGAUUUCUGUGUUUUGUAUAAAGUAUUCAUUGAUUGGUCUAGGAACCAAGAGAUGGUCAUUAUACUUUGAGAGCUGGAAAUGCCUGAUUACUUUGUCACUCCAUUUUUUUUCUGGUUGUCGAGGUCCUGACAGUAAGGGGAAACCUUUGGUAGUAAUAGCCGACAUUUGAUCGUGAUAACGACGCAAAAAGGUACACCUGGAGCAGGAGCUAACAAGCUAUGGUCCACAUUUAUGAUUGAGUGGAGGUAACCAGUUAGUUUGGCCUUAUUAUAGUUGAUAAAUUAGCAUCUCUAGGAGCUAUCCAUUUGGUCUAGUCACUUGAGUUUUCUUGACUUCAUUUCUUAUGUGUAUGUAUGAUAUAUAAAUAAAUAUAUAUAUGUACACACUUUGUAAAAAGGAAACCUUUUGUUGGUGUGAAAUUCAUGCUUUUGCAAAUACACUAAAUUUUGAUUGGGUUAA